AUGGGUGCCUCUACACCCAUCCACCAGCUGAUGAGGCUGUGCCCACAUGGUCCUUUUCGACACCACGUGCAGAAAGCCUGGGAGAAACCUCCUGCUGAGGAGCUCGUCCUCCUCUCGGGCCUCUCAUUCCGAAUCCAUCCGAUUCUGCCUCCCCUGAGGACCUCUGCGGUGCCGGGGCUGCUGUGUCUGGCUCACACCGAGUGGUGGCACUUGAGGACCAUGGAAGGUGCAGGUCUGGAGUCCAUAAAGGCGGCAAAGAGCUCCAGGACACUGCAGGGGGGAUUCGAGGCGCUGCGGGCGGAGCUGCCGGGGCCGCGGGACCUGGAGGGGGCGGCGCGGGCGCUCCUGCGGCUGCAGGACGUCUACGCGCUCAGCGUGAGGGCCUUGGCCAAGGGCGCCUUCGAGGGCGCCCACGGGCCCCUCUACCGGCCCGGGCAGCCCGUGGGGCUCUCCGCCGAUGACUGCUUCCAUGUGGGCAAGGUGGCCUACGACAUGGGCGAUCACCACCGCUCCAUCGCGUGGCUGGAGGAGGCCGUUGACCUCUUCCGCCUCUCCUACGGGAGCUGGAAUGAGGAGGACCRGGCCAGUUUGGAGGACGCCCUAGACCACUUGGCCUUCUCCUACUUCAUGGUGGGCAAUGUCUCGCACGCCUUGAGCCUCUCCCGGGAGCUCCUGCGCUACGACCCCGACAACGCCAGGGUGUCCCGGAACGUGGUGCAGUACGAGAAGCUGCUGGAGGAGCGGGGCCCGGCGGAGCCACGUCGGCCGCGGAGCCGCCCGCACGGCGCCUACGAGGAGCUCUGCCGGGGGACGCGCGGGCCACCGCGGCCGCCGGCGCCCGGCCUGCGCUGCACCUACCACACCAACGGCAGCCCCCUGCUGCUCCUGCAGCCGGCCAAGCGGGAGACGCUCGGGCUGCGGCCCUUCGUCGCCCUGUACCACGACUUCGUCAGCGACGCCGAGGCCGAGGCCAUCAAGGCACUGGCGGGACCCCGGCUACAGCGCUCCGUGGUGGCCUCCGGAGAGCAGCAGCAGGCAGUCGAGUACCGGAUCAGCAAGAGUGCCUGGCUGAAGGACACGGCCGACCCGGCGGUGGCGGCGCUCGAGCGGCGCAUCGCGGCCGUCACCGGCCUGGACGUGCGGGCGCCCUACGCCGAGUACCUGCAGGUCGUCAACUACGGGCUGGGUGGCCACUACGAGCCCCACUUUGACCACGCCACCUCCAGGAAGAGCCCCCUUUACAGGAUGAACUCGGGCAACCGGAUCGCCACCGUCAUGGUCUACCUGAGCUCAGUGGAGGCCGGCGGCUCCACGGCCUUCAUCCGCGCCAACGUCAGCRUUCCCGUGGUGAAGAACGCGGCGCUCUUCUGGUGGAACCUGCGCCGGAGCGGCGAGGGCGACGGGGCCACCCUGCACGGCGCCUGCCCCGUGUUGGCCGGUGACAAGUGGGUGGCCAACAAGUGGAUCCACGAGCACGGGCAGGAGUUUCGGAGGCCGUGCGGGACCCGGCCCGAGGACUGA